AUGGGGGUGGGGGGAGGUAAGAUGAGGUUGCUGUCGUGUCAUAGAGUGAAGAACCUGUGGGAAAAGAAAUCUCAGAAGCAUCGACCUAGUCCAUACAACCGUCAUCUGCUUUUUACACUGAGCAUUGCGAAGCAGAUCAACGACAAACUGCUGUCGUGUCAUAGAGUGAAGAACCUGAUUGUACAGAGACUAAAGGAUAGACAUACCGCCAUCUCAGAUAAACUGAAGCUAGUGAAGUUAAAACUGAGUGAUGAUGAGGUUGAGGAAGUGUGGAGAUGCCUAGCCCAAAUCUUACAGUCCCCCAGACUUCACUCCCCUGCUCAUGCAGUUGUCAUAAAGAACUCUUUUUGCCAGGCAGUUUGUGAUGUGCUGUUGUCAAGUGAGCGUGUUUCAUCGGAAAGGGCAGCACUGACCUCUGUGUUGAACUGCUGUCAGUCUGUGGUGGGGUCACCAGCGCUAAGGCAUGUCUUCACCUCCAGAUAUGAUAAUUUGGCUCAGCUGUAUUCACUAUGGCUGACUGUGGCUGGUUACCCAAGGAGCAGUGAUUCUCUAGACCCCUCCCAAACCCUGGACCUCGUUAACAAGUUGACACAUCACUACAGACGAGCUCAGAAUGCCAACUCUAAUCAAAAACAGGUAUUACAGUCUGUGAGUGAGCGAUUAUUGAUCCCUGUCUCUGUGCUGCUGCAUAAGCUCAGUUCCAGCAAAGAUCAGGCUCUAUGUCUGAAACUGAAGGAAGUGUUGUCACAGGCUUUCUUUCAUAGGGAGCACUUAGAGCUGUACAGGUUCUAUCUUGUGAAAGCUGACCAGGGCAGAUCUGCUCCUCCCAAACUGCUGCAGCAUUUGCUGUCUCAGCUUAGGACCGGACUACAAGGCAAGGUUAACUUUCCGUCCAUUCCACCUGAUCGUAUUCAGAAUGCCCUUGUGCAAUAUCUGCCAGACUUCUACCAGAGUUUUAUCAAGGAGAGCAGUCUCAAGAGUACUGGACAUCACCUUCUGGUUUGGUUGACUGAUGUGCUAAUUCCCCAGGAGACUUCUGAUUCCCUUGACACCCAGUUCCUAGUCUGCCUGAAGGAGUUACUGAGAGUCACCCAGGUGACGGACGUGUAUAACGUUGCACAGGACAGUGUAGGAGGAGGUCACCAGCUGAGGUUCUACAGGGGGGUCAUUGAUAAACUUUUAAAUCAGAGCCCUUGUGAAUCCUUAUUUGACUGUCUCAUCAUUCUGCUACAAAUGAACCAUGCCAUCCUGGAGCCCAAGGUCAAGGUCGUACUCCGUCUGUGCUGGUCAGUGGAUGACCACUUUGACAGUGGUGUUCGGUCAAGAUGUGCGGACUUUCUGUGCGAGCUGGUCAGUACGUACGUCCAGUUACGUCAGUUACCUCGCUGGUUGGAGAAGGUCUUGUCUCUGCUUCAUUCUGUCCCUGACAUUGCUGUGGGUGCUGUCUGUCAGGCUUCUCUGCUGCAAGUGUUUGGGAAGCAGGUAGAGUUGUUACCCCCAGGGAUGAUGUUGGACAUGUGGGCGCACUUCACGCAGGAUCUGACAGACUAUUAUCUUCCAUCCCUCUUAAGCUCCUCUGCAGAGGGUCAUGUGACUCACCUGUACACAGCCUCUAAGCUGUUCUCUGUGUUCUUGAGGAAUGUGAGGGUGGCUGAGCAAACAAUAACCAGCCAGACCCUGGGAAAAGUCAAACAGCUAAUGGCUGCCACUGAAGAGAUUCUGCGAAAGCUAAUGACCCUGGUUGCCACGGAAACAAUGAACUGGGACCUGGUAUAUUGCGCUCUGAUGUUGUGCCAUACGUGGGGGGAAGUUAGCAUGUUGAUGGAGGCUCGUGAAACUACAUCUGGAGAACAGUGGAGAGAAAACACAGAUAAAGACCCUCAUCUUUCUGCAGCUUCAUCUCCUUUUGAUUUCUCAUUGGUUCAUCCUUAUUUAUCUUCUAACUUAUGGUGUCGGCUUUGUCAGAACAUAAUGAAGAGAGGUGCAGCAAAAUGCCAGCACAUGGUGUGUAAGCUACAAGUUCAGAAGCUAAGAGCACUGUGCUUGCAGCGUGAUGGAGAUCUUAACACUAGUCUCAGUGUCCAGUCAGUGACAGAGAGCCUGCUGACCUUGACCUUUUCAACUACUGAUCAUCAGUCUUGGGAUGGACAGCCUUUUUUAAUCACAUCUGAAACACUACCUGUGGCUCAGUGGAGCUUAGUGGCGAAUUGUCUCCCCCUGAUGUGCCCUCGCCUCUCUGAAAGUCUGCAGAAAUCUUUAGCCUCCUUCAUCGUUCAGACGAUUAUGACAGACUGCAUUAGACCAGUGGACAGCAGCAGUGGAGACCGUAUGUCCAUGUGCAGUGUUUCCAGAGAGUUGCUUAGGUCCCCAUUUCUCCAUGAGCAGAGCUCCCUUGUAUCUGCCAUUAUCACCGGUAUCUGGGCAAAGAUCAAAGCUGACAUGACUGGUAGAGAACUCAGAUUGAAGAAGAAGAGAAAGAUGAGCGCAGAGCAGAAGUGUCUGGCUCAGGUGUUUGAUGCUGUAUCCAGAGAGGAUAUUGACUGGUGUGCUGUCACAGUCUCUACUGACAGCAAAUGGAUGGGACAGUUGGAGGGAUUGUCCACUUUUCUGCCCCAACUGGUCUCCAUGGCAACACCUCCUCACCUGGAGGCUGGGGAGGCUGUGAUUAACUGUAUAGAGGUGUUAAAUGCAUUACCUGUUGAAUACCUGAGCCCAGGUGAUGGGGUUCGCACUCUCAGUGGGCUCUUCACCCUGCUGGUUACCUGUGUUUGUGACACCCCCAGGAAAGCACCACCGAUCCUCCUGCGCCCUGUCUCUCACCUAAUCAGGGUAAUCGUGGACAGUCAGACAAAGUGUCCCUUCCUCCACUUGGUUGGGGCAGGGGUACUGUUCAGCUGGUGUGAGCAGUUUGCAGACUGGCUCCAGUCACUGAAUAACUGUAGAGAAGAGGAAAAAGCUGAGGGCUGGGAAGUGAUAAAUACGCUGACCAGGGCAGUUGUCAGAGAUCUCCAGCUGUUUACUCACCUCCACCACUAUGUGACCAGUGUGCGUGAUCGGCUGAUAAAGAUGAAGAAAUCCAUGACACAUAAAGGCCAGACGUUUGAGUCAUGUAGGACCCUGUUGUAUUUGAUCACCCGGAUCGUUGAAGAAAUGUCUAAGGUUGUGCGGAGGAGAAGCAGCACAAAGGAGAAGUUUCAGGCUGUUUGUUGUGAGUAUGUACAAUACCUGGCAGAGCCGUGCCUGAAGCUGAUAGACCUGGCCUGUCAGACUUCUGAAGAUUCAGUACUGGCCAGCCUUUGUCGAUGUUACACAGCCCUGGUGGGGCUGGUCAGGGACGGGGGUACUCCACUGGGGUCAGUACUGGCACAAGACACAGCACUACAGCAGGUCACACUUCAUACCUGUGACAAACUGAUGAACUGGAGCCUGGGCUAUAUUAGCAGUGGCCAGACCACAGCUCUGAGACCUGUGUUAAAUUUUGUCAACGGUGUUUGCAACAGUAGUAGCGAGUUGUCGUUACGCAUCACUUCUGAGCAAAGAUGUGCUCUCUGGGACAGUUUAUGGAAAUGUCUGAGAAUACAAGUAGAUCAGGGUGAAACUGGAAUGAGAGACAGGAUGUCCAGUGAUAGUCCAGAGCUCCUUCAGCCUUGGGGAAUUGAGGCUGGAGACAAUAUUAAUGAUAAGAACAGUAUUUUAUCUGCUGUAUCUUCUUGUCUGGCAAGAUUACUGUCGUCUUGUGAACCUGAAGAGUUCUCCCCCUUGAUGAAAUCUGUUGAACAGAAUUGUCAUGUCCGACAUUUGCAAUCUGAACCCUGGAGACCACAUUGUGCUGCUCUUGUUUGGGACCACCUUUUGUCAUGUGACCUGACUGAAGAUCACAUGACUGUGUUUUGCCAGGCUGUAUUCAACACCUUGUCCCAGUGUCAGUUCAUCCUGGAGGAGUUAAGAUGGAGAAGUAACCCUGAGUUAAUUACAGGUGUGUUGGUACCUGUCCUACAGCUGGAACACAGGAUGCUGCAGUUUGGGGAGGUGUUGAUGUCUGACCAGACGGCUGGCGUAGUUUUGCAUGGGUGUCAGCUGAACCUCCUUGACAGGUGCCCUGCCCAGCUGUACGGCAGAGUGUUUACCUGUGUCUACAACGUCCUAAAUGCCUUUAUGGUCCAUCACACAGACACCCUGCUGAGGAGCAUACCCUCUGUGGUCAGCGCUUGUAAACUGAUGAUGUGUUCGCUUAUACAAAGAAGUGACCAAGACAAAAUAUUCCAGUGGGAGGGAACUCUAUCAGGAUCACUGAUCACUGACCUGGUACAUUCUGCAUAUGAGCUGGACAGGUUAUUUGGGUUGUUGAGCUCUCAUAAAGCGGAAAUGAAGAAGGUGUCCCCUUACAUUGUGUCUGACUAUGUGACAGAAGUACAGCGAGUGACUGUGUUACCUGUUGUUAAGAAAGCCUUGGUGCCAGCUAUAUGCAAAGUGUUAGAUAUAUGUGACAACCAUGGCAUUGCUUUGUUACAUACUGUUCUUAAUCCAGGAGUGACGGAGGUCUUCAAGUUACUGUAUGAAGAGUACUGUAAACAUUAUAGAUAUACUGGCAGAGUGUGAGGAGAACUACUUUAAACAUUACAGAUGUACUGGCUAUGUGUGAGAAGUACGGUAAACAAUACAGGUGUACUGGCCAAGUGGGAGAAGUACUGUAAACAUUACAGAUGUACUGGCUGAGUGUGAGAAGUACUGUAUACAUUACAGAUGUACUGGCUGAGUGUGAUAAGUACUGUAAACAUUACAGAUGUACUGGCCAAGUGUGAGAAGUACUGUAAACAUUACAGAUGUACUGGCUGAGUGC